CUUCUCCUCUGCCGACCGAAGCCCCCAAGCCACCGACUUUCUUCCCCCUUGAAAAGCCGGUGAGAUCUUGAUCAAAUUCCUUCCUUUUCUUGUUGAAUAACAAGAUUUAGGACUUAGAAUCUUCCCUCUCAACCCAGAAAAUCCCGAUUCUGCUCUGUUCCGUCCCCUGCAGCCGACUGAAGCUCCCCAGCCACCGCCACCCAUUUCCGGCCGGGAACACCGGCAAAGCUUGGGUUUCUCCUUCUUUUCUUGCUCUAGAACACAAAUUGAACCCAGAAAUUCUCCCCCCCUGCUGGAAAAUCCGGAUCUGCUUUGCCCUGUCCGCCGGCUGCUCUUGUUGUGGGGGCGAAUUGCUUGGGUUUUGGAAUUUUGAUAGAUUUCCCGUGAGCCCAUGAACUUUCUUCUUCCAUGCCGCCGGCCUUUCCCCUAUCUGCAGCUCCGGUUUUAGCUGGAGAAUUAUGGUUUUGAUCGUUCUGUUACCGUAGCACUUGGGUUAGCCUUCUGUUCUGUGCGAGUGAGGAAACGAAACUGAGGACGGGGAAACCGAGGGGAGUGACGAGUUAGAAGGCUAGCCAUUCCAAUUGUGGUAUAAGUUUUAGAUUUUAUCAUCCUUUUGUAAGGUUAAUUUUAUUCUUGAGAUUUUGUGAAUUGGAUAAGUUUCGAGCCUUGUGCAUUUAUGAGACCCUCUCACGAGUGCACGGCGUCUGUCGCGUCUCGGAUUCGGGUUCUGGGGCGUGACAUUUAUAGUGAUUUCUUGGUUUUAAUUUAGGAAUUAUCUUGAAAUUGUGGAAUAGAUUUUGGGAAAGGAUGGGUCUGUUGAAGAGGGCUUUGGGUUUUAUUUGGGUUGUUAAGUUAAUGGAAAUUGACUUGUCUAAAACAAGUGGGGAAGCUUUCAUGGCUAAUGUGUGAAAUUUAAUGAGUAUUUUAUUAUAUCAAAAAUUGUAAAAGAGGGAAAGCUGCUUAGUGGGUGGCGAAUUGAGUAGGGAUUUUUGGAAUUAUGUUGAUUCAUAAAUAGAGGCAUACAGUGUGUGGAAUUUGGCUGAAAUGAACAAUUGUUUGUAGGAAAAAGGGUCUAAAUAAUUAUUGGCUUUGCAUUCACUGGUGCCAGGUCAAUAACUGAGAUAAGUGGCAUUACUUUUUUUUUGAAAUGCUAGAAAAAUAAAUUAUUCUUUCACUUGUUAUUGUGAAAUUAAUUUAUUUGAAAUCUAAGUAUAUAUUUUUUUUUCUUUUUCUUUUCUUUCCUUGUGGUAUUUCUUUUGGAAUGCAUUUACUUAUUUAUGUGUAUAUUUAUUUAUCAUUUUCUUUCUUUAAAUAAAUGUGGAUUAAGCAUGUUGGUUGUCAACUAUUUGAGAUGAGGGGAUUUGAUAGUUUUGUGAUAUAGAGACUUUGGAAUUGGAAAUUUAUUUGAAAUUAAGGUAACUUGUUUUGCAUAGAAUCGUCGGGAAUCAUUUUAGAUUAUCGUGCCGUAAUAAAUUAUCGAAUGAUAAACUGUGUUAGACUAUCGAACAGUAAACUAAGUUAGACCAUUGAACAGUUCAUUUUUUUUAUAUUUAUUUUGUCGUAAUAGAGUAUCAAACGACCAGUAGAUAUUCAUGUGCCACAGCCAUGUGGGAUUGAGAAAUUGUUUUACUGAUGAGUUCUUUAUAUUUGUUUCAUCCAAUAUAAUUUCAUUACUUAUUUUAUAUCACUUUUUAAUUAAAAUAAUUAUGCUUGGUCAUACUAGUUGGGUAUGCUACUUAUUGGGCAUGUGGAGCUCACAUUGUUUUAUUUAAUGUUUUCAGAUACUAAACAUGGAGCAUCUGGGAGGUAGGGGAAAUAGAGAGCCACCUUAGAAAUAGACUAUUUACUUCUUUCCCAUUAUACUUAGCAUUUGUGGACAUUUGAAAUAAAGAGAUUUUAAUUUA